CCCCUUUCCAACAGAGCAAAGCACCUAUUAUGCUAUGCCUUCUUUGGCACUGAAGUGCCUUUGCCAUCAUCCCAACCCUUUUUUCCCCCUCUCUUUCUUCCCUCUCUUACUGGUUCCUCCUUCUUUGCCACACUUCUUUUCUAAUCGUACAUAGCUAAGCUAAGAACAGAUGACAACAACAAGCACACAGACAAUUGAGCUCCGGGAGACAGCAACAGCAGCAACAACAUGCGGGGGAACUGUGUUCAACAACAGUCUGCAGCACCGUCAUCCCAACGGCAGUAGUAACACCAGUGAUAAUAGUCAGCGUCCGCUAGACAUGGAACAAGGUCGAUCGGAUCAACGGCUUGGGGACCCGCUCCGUCUUGUAUCGGCCAAGAAGUCUGAAAACGACAUAAAAGACAUCAAAGCGAGUCGCAAACUGCGCAAGUUCUAUCGCGAACAGAACGAUUUAAUCGACCAUAUCUUGGGUCCAUUGAACCCUGUCGAUGAAGAAGCAGAACAAAAGCAAAUGCUCAAGGUCAAGAUCGCAGUGUACGGUUCCGGUAUCGCCAAUAUCAUACUAUUUGUGCUACAGAUGGUGGCAGCCAUUUCCUCCGGAUCACUAGCCAUUUUUGCUACAAUGGCAGAUGCAUUUAUGGAUCUGCUGAGUUCUAUCGUCAUGAUGUGGGCUGCUCGGCAAGUAAGCAGGCCCAACUUGACUAAAUAUCCUGCGGGCAAAGAUCGAAUGGAAACCGCUGCCAUCAUGGUUUUUUCCUGCUUGAUGAGCUGUGUUGCCAUCUUUUUGAUCAUUGAAUCUGCACAAAAACUUGCAGAACCAAACGCCAACACGCCCAACAUGACGUCUGUCGCCAUCGGUUGUGUAGCAACUGCCAUUGGUGUCAAGUUUUGCCUGUUUCUGUAUUGCUAUUCACUCUCCCAGUACUCGUCAGCCAGAGUAUUUGCUCAAGAUCAUCGUAAUGAUUUGCUGGUCAAUGGGCUUGGUAUCACGACGGGUAUACUCGGCAGCCGAUUGGUAGGAUGGAUAGAUGCAGCAGGAUCCAUCCUUAUUGCCGUAAUUAUCUUGAGAAGUUGGAUAUCCACGUUGAUUGAGCAUACAAAAUUGAUUGUUGGAAAGACUGCCGAUCAUGACUUUUUAAAACGUGCAACUUACAUUGCAUUGACACAUCCGGGUGUGCAUCAAGUAGAUACAUGUCGUGCGUAUUAUGCAGGCAACAAUUUGUUUGUUGAAGUCGACAUUGUGCUGCCACCAGAAACAGUUUUGCGUGAUUCGCACGACAUUGGCGAGUCGUUGCAGAUCAAGCUCGAAUCGCUGCCGCAGGUCGAGCGGGCUUUUGUACACGUGGAUUACGAAACGUCGCACAGACCAGAGCAUCAAAAGAGCAAGUAACAAGAUACCAUGGUAUUUACUUCGUUUAUCUCUCAAAUUUUGAGAUCUGGCUUGCAAGCGACAGCAUGAAUAAACGCUAUAUGAUUUUAAAUAA